ACCCUUUCCUCUGGCCAUAAAAACAUGAGCCCAACAUAUGAGUUCUGAAGUUUGAAAGGCAAAUUCUCAAGAACCAUGGAGACAAUCAAUUGCAGUCUCAGCUAUGCCAUUGCCUUCCUCUUCUCCUUCUAUUUCCUUGUAUUCUCUGCUCACUCAAAAUCACCUCUCCUGGGUGUCCACCCCUUAGAUCAGAAGUACUUUGCUUCGCGGGUCAUCAAGUGCAAGGACGGCUCGAAAUCCUUCACCAGAGACCGUCUCAAUGAUAAUUUCUGCGAUUGCGUUGAUGGGACAGACGAACCCGGAACUUCAGCCUGUCCCAGAGGCAAAUUUUAUUGCAGCAAUUUAGGAAGUAAACCUCAGUUUAUUUUUUCAUCUCGUGUUAAUGAUCGAAUUUGUGAUUGCUGUGAUGGAAGCGAUGAGUAUGAUGGUGGAAUUAAUUGCCCAAACACAUGUGUCAUGGGUGGAAAUUUGGAGUACAGGGCUAAAAAUAUUGUCUUAUCUAUUGAUGCAAAGGAAUCAAAAGAUGAUGUUCUUUUGGACGACUUAUUGCAUAAAGCAAAAGGUUUGAAGAUGGUGAUAAUCCUACAGAUGGUUCUUCUUGGUUGUGUGAUAACAUUUCGUUUAUUUCGUCGGCAUGGAAAAUUAAAAAGAAGGCAUUAUCAUGAAAGAACUCCAUUGAUGACUUAGGUCCCUACUGGGACAUUCUGGUAUUUAUUGCAUUUGUCGUGGAGGUUUUUCCUUCUCGAUACCAAGUGUAUUCAUGGGAGUUGAACUAUAUGGAGGUUGAUGCAUUGCCAUUGGUUAUACAAAGUGUACGAGUGCAUAUGUUGCAACUAAUACAAUCUCCGAAGGCUCGGGAUAUACUUCAACAUAGAACUACACUGUAACACUAAAUAAAAAAAAGAAACAUUGGGCAGCACAGCUGCAUCAUAGGUUUAACUAUCAUUAUAGGCGUAUUAAAUUGGAAAGAACAGUUUUUGGGUGGUAGUGACUGCAAGAAAGAUUAUGUCCAAUUUCUGUGCUUUCUUGUGCUUUUCUUUGAUGCUAUCUCAAGCUUGCCUUUGCUAGAGAAAUGAUUUAUGUAUUAAUGAUCAAAAAAUUUCCCA